AUGCAGAAGCUAGGGUUUCAAAGCAUUAAGAGUUUGGAUCAGCUGAAAUCUCUAUCUGGAACCGCUAAGACCUUCGCGAUGUCUUCGCGUUCUUCUUCAGAUUCGAUUACAUCAGGAAGUUUCUCGAAUUUGAAGCUCACUGCAGAAAAAUUGGUCAAAGAGCAAGCUUCCGUGAAGACUGAUCUGGAAAUGGCGAACUCUAAACUUAAGAAAUCACUAGAGCGUAUCCAUGAAUUGGAGGAAAAGUUGCAGAAUGCUUUCAAUGAGAAUGCUAAGCUUAAAGUAAAGCAGAAAGAAGAUGAGAAGCUCUGGAAAGGACUGGAGUCUAAAUUCUCUUCAACCAAGACUUUGUGUGAUCAACUCACUGAAACUUUACAACACUUAGCUGGUCAGGUUCAGAAUGCUGAAAAAGACAAGGAAUUUUUCGAAGAAAAACUAUCUGCAAGCACGAAAGCUAUUGACAACUUGAAACAACAGAUGGAUGGGUUAUCUCUGAAAUUAGGCUCCGUAGAGGAACUCGUUAGAGAUCGCGAGAAGGAACUGAAGGAACUGAAUAUUGAGAGACAGGAAAAGGAUAAGCUUUACAGAGAUGAACAAUGCAGAAUAGCGAAUAUCAUAGAGGAUAAAGAUGCUGUGAUAAUGAAGUUUGAUGCAUCUAUAGCUGCCAAAAGACUGGAAAUAGAGAGUUUGAAUUCUAAAUUAGGAGAGUUGAACCUUGAGUUAAGGUCAAAGGAAGAUAAAACUAAACUUUUGAUAGUCACUCAGGAUAAGUUGGAAAAAGAGAAGAGUGAUCUUCAGAUGAGCAAUGAUGACUUAGAGAAAAAGUUAGUUAUGUCGCUGCAGGAAGUAAAAGAUCUUGAAGGCUUUGUUCAUGUGUCAGCUGGACAGUUAGCUGAAUUGGACAAACAAAGUUUGACUUUCAUGGAAAAAAUUUAUCAGCUGAACUCUCUUUAUGACUCUUGUCUUAAGUUGGUCCAACAGCAAAGUGACCUUGCUGCUAAGCAGGCUCAAGGGCAAUAUGACCAACUUCAUGAUAGGUUCUUGUGUAUAACAUCUGAAAAAGAUGCUUUACAGUUAGUGAACCAGGGGUUAGAUGAUAAGAUCAUUGAACUUCAGAAAUCCCACGACUCUGUUAUGGCGAAGCUUUCAGCAGAAUGCCAGUUAGCUAAAGAGAAAAUUCAGAUGUUGGAGACUGAAGCAGAAGCUCUGAUCUCAAAAAAGAUUGAAACAGACUUGUUGGUCUCCCAAAUGGAAAAGGAAAUCAACAUGUUGUCAGAAUGUUCCAGAUCAGCUGAGAAUAAAAUGCAAGAUUUAUUAUUGAAAAUUUCAUCAAUAGAAGCAGAGAACAAUGAUAAUACAGAUAACUUACAGGCAGAAAUACAGAAAAAAGAAGAAGUAAUAGUAAUUUUGCAAAAUGAGAGUAAGAAAUGUGAUCUGCAUGUAGAUUCUUUGGAGAAACAAGUUGGACAGCUUCAGAAUAUGUUGGAGGAUAAGGAACAGCUUUUACUGCAAUACAGGGAUGAAGAAAAGAAGCUGGAAGGUCAAAUUACAGAGAAGCAAGCUUUGCUCACUGCUGCUGAAAGUAAAUUAGCAGAAGCUAAGAAGCAAUACGAUCUUAUGCUAGAGAGCAAACAGUUGGAGUUAUCAAGGCACUUGAAAGAAAUAUCUCAAAGAAACGAUCAGGCAAUUAAUGACAUCCGGAGGAAGUACGAGGUGGAGAAGCAGGAGAUUGUUAAUAUGGAAAAAGAAAAGGCAGAUAAAGCUGUUGGAGAAAUGGAAAGAAAAUUUGACCAAAAACUUGCAGAAUGCAAAGAGGAGGCAAAGCUGCAGUUGGUGCAUAUUCAAGACGAACAUGCUGCUCUUGUCGUUAGAAUUCAGCUGGAGCAUGAUAGGAAGGAUAUGAAUCUCAAAGCUGAAUACAAUGAAGAUAUAAAGCGCACCCAACUUCAAGCUGAAAAUGAAUUGAGAGAGAAAACCAUGUCACUCAGGAAUGAACAUGAAGUUCAGAUGAAAGCUUUACGGUGUCAGCUUGAAGAUGAAUGCAGAAAGCUUCAAGAAGAGCUGGAUCUUCAGAAGUCCAGAGAAGACAGGCAGAGAGCUCUAUUGCAAUUGCAGUGGAAAGUGAUCAGUGAUAAACCACAAGAGGACCAAGAAGUGAAUUCAAAGAAGGAUUACUCCAUUUCAUCAAUCAAGAUGAGAGAUACUGGUGUUGAUCAAAGAAUAACUCGGCGUACUGCCUCACGAGCAGCCAAUGAAGAGAAGGAUUCGCCUUUCUUGGAUGGGACACAAACACCAGUGUCAAAAUUGUUAGAAAACGUAAACACCGGAAGCAUUAUGGGCAUGCCAAAGCAUCAUAAGAAGGUUACUCGUCAUGAAUAUGAAGUUGAAACUACUAAUGGAAGAACAAUCACUAAACGAAGAAAAAGUACCGUCAUGUUUGAGGAUCCAAGGAAACAUAAGAAGAGGAACACACCAAAAGCCCAUACCCCAAGAAGUAUUGUCAAGGGAAUCAAGGGAGGGGCUAAUCCACAUCCUUCGGGAAUCAAGGGAGGGGCUAAUCCACAUCCUUCAAACAUAGGCGAUUUGUUUUCAGAAGGGUCUCUAAAUCCAUAUGCGGAUGACCCCUAUGCAUUUGAUUAGAGCUUGCUGAUAGCGGACAUGCAGCUUCUCAAGAAUAUGCAUCUUAUGACUGCUUCCUGGGAUUGUUCUAAGCUUGCAAGAGGCUUUACGGUAUGCUGAUUUGCAGCCCACCAUUUGGUCAUUGCUGAACUUGGGCAUUAACCUCCUUUGUAAAUAAAGGAGCAUGGAUUGUGAGAAUAGAGCUUAAGCACCCAUUAAGAAAGUAGAAUAUAUCAUGACUGUAAAAAUAUUAGUCCAAUUGCUUCCGCAUUAUGAUUUCACAUCACUCUAUGGUAAAUGCUCGUUAUAGUCGUAGGGUUCGUUACCUCAUUUUUGAGACU